GUAAGUUUCUGCUCACUUGCCGUGUUUAUUUUUGCGGCUCUUUUUCUUAAAUACAAUCGCUUCCCGGGCCUCACUUCCCAAAUCCGUGUUGAGUCAUCCCGAUAUUUCUCUCAACACCGCUUAUCCCGUCGCUUAUUCCGUUUGCUUAUUUCCCCUUCAUACGCCAUAUAAUGCGUCUUGUCCUCGUAUAGAGUUGAUUUCGCUUUAUUUAUUCUCUUUGAACAAUCCAUUGCGUUGCUCGCUCCUCCGCUAACUCAUCAUGACUCAAAAAGUAUCAUGCAUGAAGAGGUCUCAUCCUCUGACCGUUGUCAUCAAGCUUGGCACAAGCUCCAUCGUAGAUGAGGUCACCCAUGAGCCGCUGCUACCCAUUCUGACUCUCAUCGUUGACACUGCUGUCAAACUGAGAAAGGAUGGUCACCGCGUCGUCAUUGUCUCAUCAGGCGCCAUUGGCGUCGGCCUCCGUCGCAUGGACGUCGACAAGCGCCCCAAGCACCUUGCUCAGCUCCAGGCUCUGGCCGCCAUUGGUCAGUGCCGUCUGAUCAGCCUCUGGGACAGUCUCUUCAGUCAUCUUGACCAGCCUGUUGCCCAGAUCCUGCUUACAAGAAACGACAUUGCUGAUCGCACAAGAUACAUCAACGCUCAAAAUACUUUCAAUGAGCUACUAGACAUUGGUGUCAUUCCCAUUGUUAACGAGAACGAUACCCUCGCUGUUUCCGAAAUUAAGUUCGGUGACAAUGACACCUUGUCUGCCAUCACUGCGGCCAUGAUCCAUGCCGACCUUCUCUUCCUCAUGACAGACGUUGACUGUCUCUACACCAAGAACCCUCGCAGCAACCCUGAUGCUCGCCCCAUCGAGGUCGUAGAGGACAUUUCGGCCCUGGAGGCUGAUGUCUCAAGUGCAGGAUCAUCUCUUGGUACUGGUGGCAUGAGCACCAAGAUUAUUGCCGCUAGACUAGGAACAUCUGCCGGUGUCACAACCAUCAUCACCCGCUCUUCAAAUCCCGGCAACAUCCUGGGCAUUGUCCAGUACCUCUACAGUUCCCCUCGCUCGUCUGUCAUUGCAGAUGAAGACGGCGAGAUCCUCUCCCGCACAUCCUCUCUCAGCCUCAUCUCCCCCGUCGCAAAGCACGUGCCUACCACUGGGCCCCCUCUACACACCCGCUUCCUACCCUCAAAUGAGCCCAUCCGCGAUCGCCAAUUCUGGCUGUUGCACACUCCCAACCCUCAUGGCAGCAUUUACAUUGACGGUGGAGCUUACAAGGCCCUGCUUGGCAAGGCCGGUUUGCUCCCUGUUGGUAUUCUUGAUGUCGAUGGCCACUUUGCUCCACACGAAGCUGUGAGAAUUGUGGUUGUCAACCGCCGCAAGACGCCUGGACCAAAUGGCAAGAUGUGGGACGGCGAGCCUGAAGAGGUUGGCCGCUGCAUUGUCAAUUAUGCGGCGCAAGAAAUCGUGCGCAUCAUGGGCCACCAGAGCACCGACAUUGAGGGCAUCUUGGGCUACGCUGACAGCGAAUAUGUUGCCCACCGCUCGCAUAUUGGCUUCUUUAACAGCCAGAGCCGUCCUGCCUCUCCUGUGUUGGAGAUGGCAGUCCCUGUUUAAAUGAUAUUAGCGUUGCAUACAUGGAUUUCUUUAGGAGUUGGCGUUGAGACGGUAUGAUACUCGAUAGAUAUCAGAUUGCAUAUACAUUUUGAUUGUAUUCAUCUACUAUAAACAAAAGUUUUUUGGAACCCCUAAACGCCAGCGUGAAAACCCAAGUAAAAAAAAUUGACAUGCAUAUCGCAUCAAAUUCUUGGCUUAUGCCUCUCUACUUCGGGGCACAACCACGAACGGAAAGCCAACAACCCGACGGUCUACUUAACCAGUAGCAAAGAGGUUGUCUUCGUCUCGGAGGAAUUCUCCACAGUCGGCUUGUCUAAAGACGGUGAUACCGGUAGGAUCCAGGCGUCUGGCCUCAGCAGUGCUGCGGCUUGAGACACCAAAGCCAAGAGGGGUAUCGUUCAUGUUGUAGACAAUAACGCCCUGGUGCUCGGGGCAGUCGUCGGACCAGCGUCCAAUGUGCGCCUUGACAACGUUUCCACCGUAGAGGAACGGCAUUUCACCGUUGCUCUUAAUCCAGACCUUCCAUCGGGCGUGUUCGGAGAGGAUGGGGAGGGCGGUAAUGUGCAGUCGGAAUUUGCCAGUCUUGGUGAACUUGCCUGUAGGAGAACAACUGGUUAGCAACAGCACUUUGAGGCUUUAUUUCAGCAGCAAAUAUCUUACCAAGGCAGGUUCCGAGAGACAGCAGGUUAUCUCUAGAGAUGGAUGUAGCAAGGUUGGCGACAGAGAGCAAGACGUAGAAGACUCUGUUCUUCUGCAUGCGAAAGACGUAGCGGUCGGAGUUGGGCGAGUCGUCGAGCGGCGCAAUGAGGUUCUUGAGAGAGCUGCCGGUGUAGUUGGCGAGCUUCUCGAAGAGGGUUUUUGUUUCUUGCUCUGUCAAAGGUCUCAUCUUGUCUGUGGUUGCGGCGAUGAAGCAGUUUGAUUGUUCAAAUCAUCGAUGUCGUCUGCAAGCCCG